AUGUUUAUGGGCGUGGCCAGAUGUUGUGAUUGUGGAUGCGAUUGCUCCCCGGAUUCUUGGAUUCGGUCUUCGAAGAGAAAGUACGGGGAAUUUGAGAGUGAGAAACCAUUCCACAUACCUGAGCUGGACUUGGACUUGUCUUCGAAUGCUAAAUAUGACCUCCCUACAUAUGAUUACCCUCCUCUUAAGUGCAACUUGAACGAGAACCCAGAUCCCCUUGAGGCUGAUAUUGAUGUUGACGAUGUUGAAAAGUACCCACUGACUGAUUCUCCUCACGGCCAAGAAAAUUUGAAGACUUUGGAACGAAGGAUAAGUCAGAUGGAGAGAAUUCCUAGCUUCACUCCGUCUAAUGGCGAUGUAUCCGGAGGGAGAAAUUAUUUGGAGAAGGUGGUGGUUGGUCAGAGUCCUAGGCGUCAGAGACAUAUCAGGAGGGUUUCCACUGGUAGUUCGAGUUCACUUUUGGAAACAACUAGGGACCAAAGGCCUGAUUUUUCCACUGAUUUCCCAAGGUCCAACGGCGGUAGCUUCAAGAAAAUGGAAGAUGCCUCGUAUGCAGAAGAGGGUAAUUCCUUUGCAAAGGGUAAGGGUGACUCUUCAGAGAUUGGAGAUAAUGACAUGAAUGAUAGAGUUUAUACCAUUGAUUCUAUCCAUCACGGUGUAUCUCAUAGUGGUGCUGCUGAUGAGAAGAAGUCUAGGGAUGACACUGCUGAUGGCUAUGGAGAAAAAAUGAAUCAGCCGGAUCUUGGGGAUCCUGAUAUAACGAAACUCUACAUGAGGCUUCAAGCACUAGAGGCUGACAGGGAAUCAAUGAGACAGGCGAUUAUGUCGAUGAGGACAGAGAAAGCUCAAAUGGUUCUUUUGAAAGAAAUUGCCCAACAUCUAUCAAAGGAUAUGAUAAUCCCAGAACGGAGAUUACCUCUGCGGAAAGCAUCCAUUGUUGGAGCAUUCAGUUUCAUAUCUGUUUUUAAGGUACAUGAACGGGAUGCAAGGGAACAACAUGGGCUUGAAAAUGAUUCUAGAAAAGACCCCUCGGAUACGGCAAUGGAGAUGUCUCUCAAGCACGCAAGUGUGAAACAGAUGACAUUCUCCAACUCGGUUGGAUUUGAAGCUCAUAAUUCCUUGUUUAAAACCCAAAAACCCUCGCCGCUCCGUCAAGAGAUGCCAAGCUGCAAGAAUCUGUUGCUAGCCUCCAAUCUUCGAAACAUGCGGCGUAAAUCCAAAUCCAAAUCCAAAAGACGAAAGCCCCUUCGGAAUGAAGGCGAGGCUCUGUUGCCAGAGAGUGCACUAGUAGAGGAAGAAGAAGAAGAAGAAGAAGAUGAGGGACCAGGGUUCAAGCUGAAAACUAGAGGUACCUCGCGCGAGCAUGGAGUUCAACCUCUCGGAAACCUGUAUUUCAUCAAUCGGGGCGCGGUGAAUGAAAGAAACACUGGAUUAGGUAAUCUCCAGAUACUCACGGACGAGCUCGUUCUGGAUAUCCUAGGGCUUCUCGGCGCCACCCAUUUGGGUGUUUUGGCUACUGUAACCAAAUCUUUCUACAUUUUCGCCAAUCACGAGCCUCUCUGGAGAAACCUCGUGCUGGAGGAGUUAAAAGGCGAGUUUUUGUUUGCCGGGUCGUGGAAAUCUACCUAUGUAGCUGCUCGCCAUCCCAAGUUCCAGCUUCCUGGAGCUGGUAAAUCGGUUUUGAAGAUUAGAGAUUUCUACUCCGACUAUCUGUUUCAGAGCUGGCUGUGCGCGAACCUCGAAAUGAAACGGGAAUGGCUCGAGAGAGACAAUAUCGUCCGUGUGAGAGGCAUCUCUGUUGAAGACUUCGUCACCAAGUUUGAGGAACCGAACAAGCCGGUUCUGUUGGAGGGAUGUUUGGAUGAUUGGCCUGCCACUGAGAAGUGGUCGAAAGAUUAUCUGACUAAGGUGGUUGGGGAUGUCGAAUUCGCAGUCGGUCCAGUUGAAAUGAAGCUCGAGAACUACUUCAGGUACUCUGAUAGAGUUAGUGAGGAAAGGCCCUUGUACUUGUUUGAUCCCAAGUUUGCAGAGAAAGUUCCGGUUUUGGAUACGGAGUACGAGGUUCCUGUCUACUUCAGAGAGGACUUGUUUAGUGUUCUAGGCAACGGGCGGCCUGAUUACAGGUGGAUCAUCAUCGGACCAUCCGGUUCAGGGUCGUCUUUCCACAUUGAUCCGAACUCAACAUCCGCUUGGAAUGCGGUGAUCACAGGGUCGAAAAAAUGGGUUUUGUUCCCGCCCGAUGUGGUUCCUCCGGGCGUGCAUCCAAGUCCUGAUGGCGCGGAAGUGGCCUGUCCUGUUUCCAUAAUGGAGUGGUUCAUGAACUUUUAUGGUGAUACUAAAAAAUGGAAGAAGAGACCUAUUGAGUGUGUAUGCAAAGCCGGGGAGGUGAUGUUUGUACCUAAUGGUUGGUGGCAUCUCGUGAUUAACUUGGAGGAAUCAAUUGCCAUUACUCAGAAUUAUGUUAGCAGGAGGAAUCUGUUGAAUGUGCUGGAGUUUCUGAAGAAACCGAAUGCUAAAGAGCUCGUCUCGGGAACAACUGACAGAGAGAAUUUGCACGACAAAUUCAAGAUGGCCAUUGAAAGAGAUUACCCCGGGACUAUCCAAGAGUUAGAGAAGAAAGCAGAAGAAGCGAAGAGAGCCGAAGAACAAAAAGUUACUUUCUGGGACUCUGUAUCAGAUUCCAAAGCUGGUGAUCUUCCAUAUCCUUUGAAAAAUGCAGAUGGAAGAGAAAGUAGAAUGAGUAACAUUGUGCUCAACACACUUCGUUUGAAACACCCGAAGCUUGCCUUGCUCCAAUACUGCUCUUCCUUCUCCAACCUCAAGAUCAUCCAUGGCUUUCUCAUACGAACCCAUCUCGUCUCCGACGUUUUCGUCGCCAGUCGUCUCCUCACUUUCUGCGUCGACUCCUCCUCCUUCAACAAAUCCACCAAUUUCCUGGGAUAUAUAUACGGAAUCUUCUCCCAGAUUCAAAGCCCUAACCUUUUCGUCUUCAACUUGCUCAUCCGCGGCUUCUCCAUUGGCGCAGAACCAAGCAGAGCUUUUGGGUUCUAUACCCAGAUGUUGAGAUCCUGUAUUCGGCCAGAUAACAUCACGUUUCCGUUUUUGAUUAAAGCCUCUGGGGAGAUGGAGUGCGUGACAACGGGAGAGCAAACUCAUUCGCAGAUUGUUAGAUUCGGAUUUGAGAAUGAUGUUUAUGUAGAGAAUUCGCUUGUUCACAUGUACGCUAAUUGUGGGUUGAUCGCUGCCGCCGCUCUUGUGGAUAUGUACUGGAGGUGUGGAGAAAUCGAGAAAGCGAUCAGCUUAUUUAAGGAGUUGCCUGAGAAGGAUAGCUUGAGCUGGAGUUCGAUAAUCAAAGGUCUCGCUCUAAAGGAGAAAAGGUUAAAGCAUUAG